AUGGCGCUGAUGCUGAUGAUGAUGAUCGAGGAAUGCUUUCGUGAAGUGCAUGUGCCGGGUCCUGGGGGCGCCACAGCAGCACCCAGUGUGAAAAUAGUCAGCCCGCACGUUAUGGAUAGUAUGAUAAAAACCAGCAUGGGACUACACGACGAUCGAUCGUCACGGAACAGCAACAGCAGCAGCUCGGGAUCGCCCACGGUGGCGCACGAGAAGAAGAAGAUGCUGGAUAUUACGCGAGACAGGCCUAUCAAAAUCGCGGUACGGGUACAAGUUCCUGUGCGGGACCAUCCAAAGUUCAACUUUGUCGGCAAACUUCUCGGCCCGAAAGGCAACUCGCUGAAGCGACUGCAGGAGGAAACGAUGUGCAAAAUGGCGGUCCUGGGCAAGGGCUCGAUGCGCGACCGGAAGAAGGAGGAGGAGUUGCGGCUCAGCGGUGACCCACGGUACGCCCAUCUGUCCGAGGACCUGCACGUGGAAAUCUCGACGUACACCGCGCCGGCCGAAGCACACGCCCGGAUCGCGUACGCGCUGGCGGAAGUGCGCCGAUUUCUGGUGCCGGAUUAUCAUGACGACAUUCGGCAAGAGCAAAUGUGGGAAAUGCAGGCCCUGAAUUCACAGAACGCGGCCACUAACCUGACCCACGAUACCGGCCUCAACGGCGGAUGUGGCAACGGGCUCGGCACCAACGGUAUCAGCAUGAGCAGCAGCGGAAGCAGCUGCAGCACGGCAAGCACCGGAAGUACAGCGAACGGUUCGCUCGGCCCAACCGGGGGCCUCAGCAACGGCACGGGCCUCAACGGAGUGGUCGGCGCCACGGUCUCCAACGGCACCAACGGUGGGCUCGGAAGUAACGCCUCGGUCACGGUGGGCGUUGGAGCGGACCUUAGCAACACACAGUCAUCGGCAGCAGUGGCAGCAGCAGCCACCAUAUCAGACCUGCAGCACGUGACGAACUCGUUAACGCACCAUCAACAACAGCAUCAGCAGCAGCAGCAACAGCAUCAGCAGCAACAGCAGCAACAGCAGCAUCAACACCAACACACAUCGCAGAGCCAGUUCCUGUCGGGCGAUACCGAUAUGAGCAGUCUGCUGCAGCCGAUGGACGUGAACAUGGCGUCGGCGAAUCAUUUCGUAAAUUCCCUACCUACGAGUGACCUGGAAGCGCAAACGCUGGCGUUCGUCGAGUCGGCCAAUGCAUUUCUGCACCCAGCGUUACGGGGCGUCAAGGCCGUAAGCUUAGCCCGCAAACGACCGCUGCUGGGAGGGCCCCGCUCGACGAUGAACCCCACGAAGCGCACCGUGAUGACGCUCAUUGCACGGGCACGCACCGCCCAGGCCCUGCACGGUUCCCGGACGGCCCAACCGAUCGGCGAACCGAUACAGGUGAUCACAUCGCCGCUAAUCCUGCAACCACCGCUGGAUCUGCUGCAGUCGAACGCCGGCACCGGCGUGACGAAGGAGAACAUCCUGCAAGGCGCCUGA